GCUGAGAGCAACAUGUAGAUACUCUGUGACAUCCCACAGAGUAGUGAGAAACCAUAGACCAUGACAGACUAGCUCUGACAUAUAAAUGACAGGUGUUGUUAGUUUGGUUUACGAUUCGUUGUUGUGUGUUGCAAUUAAUGCAAUGCGAAAGCUUUUCUUCUUUAUAGCAUUGCUUUGUUUGAAUUGUGUCGGUACGUGAGUGAGUGAUAAUGCUGGCGACGUGUGCGGAAGACAACGGUGGCGAGUAGCGCGGCAUGCAGAGCCGCGGUCAGCGAUGCAGCGCGCGGCUGGGAGGCGGCAGCGGCGGCGGCGGCGCGGGCAGCAGCGGCGCGCCGGUGUCGGCGGCGGCGGCGGCGGCGGCAGGGCGGGCGGCGGCGCGCGCGGCGGCGGCGCGGCGGGCGCGGGCGGCGGCGCGCCUGGCCGAGGUGGAGGACCCGCCGCGCGUCCUGCGCGACAAGUGCCGGCGCCUCGCGCGCGCCAUCCGCAACGCCAAGCACCUCGUGGUGUACACGGGCGCCGGCAUCAGCACGGCGGCGGACAUCCCCGACUACCGCGGGCCGCGCGGCGUGUGGACGCGCCUGCGCGCCGGGCAGCCCGCGCCGCGCGCGCACGUGGCGGGCGCGCGGCCCACGCUCACGCACCGCGCGCUGGCGGCGCUGGUCGCGCGCGGCACGCUCAAGUUCGUGGUCUCGCAGAACUGCGACGGGCUGCACCUGCGCGCCGGCACGCCGCGGCGCGCGCUAGCCGAGCUGCACGGCAACAUGUUCCUGGAGCUGUGCGCCGCGUGCCGCCGCGUGUACGUGCGCGCCUUCGACACCACGGAGCGCACGGCGCGCCACGCGCACGGCACGCGCCGCCUGUGCCACGCGUGCGCGCGCGAGCUCACCGACUCCAUCGUGCACUUCGGAGAGCGCGGGCGCGCGGCCUGGCCGCUCAACUGGGCGGGGGCGCUGCGCCACGCCGCCGCCGCCGACGUCAUCCUGUGCCUCGGCUCCAGCCUCAAGGUGCUGCGGCGCUACCGCCCGCUGUGGAGCAUGGAGCGGCCCGCGGCGCAGCGCCCGCGCCUCUACAUCGUCAACCUGCAGUGGACGCCCAAGGACGCCGUGGCCGCGCUGAAGAUCAACGCGCGCUGCGACGCCGUGAUGGCGGCCGUGGCGCGGCGGCUGCGCCUGCGCGUGCCGGGCUACAGCGCGCGGCGCGACCCGCUGCUGGCGCACGCCACGCCGCUGGCGCCGCCGGAGCGCCACACCACGCGCCGCGCGCCGCUGCCCGCGCCCCCCGGCCCCCCCGGCCCGCCCUCGCCGCGCCGCUCCGACUCCGAGCUGUCCUCGCCCUCCGCCUCCGACUCGGACGACGAGCGCCCGCUCACGCUGCUCGCGCGCCGCUCCCCCCGCGCCCCACCGCCGCCGCCGCCGCCGCUCACCGCCUUCCAGGUGUCGCUGGCGAGCGGCGAGGCUAUGCUGCUGCUGCGGCCCGAGCACGCGCCCCCCGCGCCCCCUGCACCCCCCGCGGCCCCCGACGCGGACGACAAGAAGCCGCUCAGCGACCUCAGGAAGUUCAGGAUGUGGCGGCGCAGCGAGCUGGACGUAAAGACUGAAGUGAACGGACACGACGCGCCCGCGACCAACGGAGCCGCCUGGAGCAACGGCGAGCUGGCGGGGGCGGGGGCGGCGGGGUGGGGGGGCAAGCACGAGGAGGACAAGCCGCUCGUGAACGGCGCUCUGCAGGCGGCCGUGGAGGCGGCGGCGGAGGCGGCGGGGGCGGAGAGCGAGUGCGCGCGCGCGGCGCGUCGGUUCAUCGAGCGCGCCGUAAUGCUGUGCCGCCACCAGCUGUACCCCGGCCUGCACACCAUCCUGGCGCCGCGCGCGCCGCCCGCCCCCGCGCCCGCGCCCGCCCCCGCCGCGCCCGCGCCGCCGCCCGCGUGCGCCUGGUGCUGGGCGGUGCGCGGCUCGCGGCGCUGCCUGUGGUACCCGCGCUGGGCGGGCGCGCGCGCGUGGCGGCGCGUGGGGCGGCGGCGCUACCUGUGCGCGUGCUGCGGCGAGGAAGACGCGCCCUCGCCCCCCGCGCCCCCCGCCGCCCCCGACCCCGACCUGGCGCCGGACGACGCGCCGGGCUGGUUCGGCAAGGGGUACCGCAAGCCGCGGCGCCGCCGGUAGCCCCGCCCGCCCCGCGCCCCGCCCCGCCCCGCGCCCCGCGCCCGCACCGCAGCUACCUCAGCAGUGUUCGUCGAGACAAGAUGCAUUUGACUCAAUUAUUACUUGUAAAUAUUUAGUACUUAAUUAUAAUUCCAGCGAACAUGAUUUAGGUGUAAUAUUUGUUACUGAAUAAUAAUUGAACUGUAUAUAAUAAUAAUUAAUUUAUUUUUAUACGAGAAUCGACUGUGUUAGUGAUAAAUUAUUGAUAAUGAUGUAAUGUAAUGUUGAGUACCUAAGUAUAAUUCGAGCGUCGAAUGGUAGGGGCAAAUUAAAAUAAGAUUUUCUCAAUAAGUAUUACUAUGAUUCCGACGGUAUGACAUAAUAAGUGACGAAAAUAAAAAGUGACGAAAAUAAAAAUGAAUGAUGGAUAA